UGCGACAGGGCUGGCCGCGCCGCGCCGCUUUACGGCGCCGGGUGCUGCGCGCGCACCCCGGGUCCCUUCCCGGUCGGCCACAGGAUAAGUGGCUGGCGGCGCCGGCACCGUGCCCGUAGCAUCCGUCUCCAUCGGGUCCGGACGCGGCCUGAGCAGGUUUUAGAAAAUGGCAAAGUUCAUGACUCCGGUGAUCCAGGACAACCCCUCGGGCUGGGGUCCCUGUGCAGUCCCUGAACAGUUUCGGGACAUGCCCUAUCAGCCCUUCAGUAAAGGAGAUCGGCUGGGAAAGGUUGCAGACUGGACAGGUGCCACCUACCAGGAUAAGAGGUACACAAAUAAGUAUUCCUCCCAGUUCGGUGGUGGAAGUCAGUAUGCCUAUUUCCACGAGGAGGAUGAGACCAGCUUCCAGUUAGUAGACACGGCCCGGACCCAGAAGACUGCGUACCAGAGAAACAGGAUGCGGUUUGCCCAGCGGAAUCUUCGGAGGGACAAGGACCGUCGGAACAUGUUGCAAUUCAACCUGCAGACCUUGCCCAAGAGCGCGAAGCAGAAAGAGAGAGACCGCAUCCGUCUGCAGAAAAAGUUCCAGAAGCAGUUUGGAGUGAGGCAGAAAUGGGACCAAAAAUCCCAGAAGCCCCGGGAUUCUUCCGUCGAAGUUCGGAGUGACUGGGAAGUGAAGGAAGAAAUGGAUUUUCCUCAGUUAAUGAAGAUGCGUUACUUGGAGGUGUCAGAGCCGCAGGACAUCGAGUGCUGUGGGGCCCUGGAAUAUUACGACAAAGCCUUUGACCGGAUCACCACCAGGAAUGAGAAGCCUCUGCGGAGCAUCAAGCGCAUCUUCCACACCGUCACCACGACAGACGACCCUGUCAUCCGAAAGCUGGCAAAGACUCAAGGCAACGUGUUCGCCACAGAUGCCAUCUUGGCCACGCUGAUGAGCUGCACCCGCUCGGUCUACUCCUGGGACAUUGUCGUCCAGAGGGUCGGCUCCAAGCUUUUCUUUGACAAAAGGGACAACUCGGACUUCGACCUCCUGACUGUGAGCGAGACUGCCAACGAGCCACCUCAGGAUGAGGGCAAUUCCUUCAACUCUCCCCGGAACCUUGCCAUGGAGGCCACCUACAUCAAUCACAACUUCUCCCAGCAGUGCCUCAGGAUGGGAAAAGAAAGAUACAAGUUUCCCAACCCAAAUCCCUUUGUGGAGGAUGACAUGGACAAGAACGAAAUUGCCUCGGUGGCGUACCGGUACCGGAGAUGGAAGCUUGGUGACGACAUUGACCUCAUCGUCCGCUGUGAGCAUGAUGGCGUGAUGACAGGCGCCAAUGGCGAGGUGUCCUUCAUCAACAUCAAGACCCUCAAUGAGUGGGACUCCAGGCACUGCAAUGGUGUGGACUGGCGUCAGAAGCUGGACUCUCAGCGGGGGGCGGUCAUUGCCACAGAGCUAAAGAACAACAGCUACAAGCUUGCCCGCUGGACCUGCUGUGCGCUGCUGGCUGGGUCCGAGUACCUCAAGCUCGGGUACGUGUCCCGCUACCACGUCAAAGACUCGGCUCGUCACGUCAUCCUGGGCACCCAGCAGUUCAAGCCCAACGAGUUUGCCAGCCAGAUCAACCUGAGCGUGGAGAACGCCUGGGGCAUCCUGCGCUGCGUGAUCGACAUCUGCAUGAAGCUGGAGGAGGGUAAGUACCUCAUCCUCAAGGACCCCAACAAGCAAGUGAUCCGCGUCUACAGCCUGCCCGACGGCACCUUCAGCUCGGACGAGGACGAGGACGAGGACGACGAGGAGGAAGAGGAGGAAGAGGAAGAAGCGUGAGCUGGACCGCCAGGCUACGCGUGCCCGAUGGUGAGGUGUCGCUCCUCUGCCUGGAAAGGACUGAGGACACUGGGGAUUGGCCACGUCCACAGAAACUGAGGUGUAAUAAGUGAAAUAAAGGAGAAGCCUAAUGAA